UGUGAAUGCAGCGUGCGUAACUGGAUGUGACGUAAUUACGUCGACGCAAGUCACGUAGUCCAAGAUGGCAGCGCUGGCGUCCUUGAUGCUGAAGUCUCGAGCAGGUUUGCUGGCGCCGCGUCAGUCCUUCCUGCUGGAGCCUGUGAGGUUCGCGUCGAAGAAGUCCGGUGGCAGCUGUAAGAACAUCGGUGGGAAGAGCCCCGGUCGGAGAUAUGGCUUCAAGAAACAGGAUGGAAACCUGGUCCACGCCGGUAACAUCCUUGCAACACAGAGGGUGAUGAGGUAUCACCCAGGAGCACAUGUGGGUAUGGGAAGCAACAAGACUCUGUUUGCUCUGGAGGAGGGCCACGUCCGGUUCACCAAGGAGGUCUACGUCCCAGCACCACGCAGCCAGCUGUCCACACGGGUCAUCACCAAACUGCCACAAGGAGCUGUGCUCUACAAAACUUUCAUCAACGUCCUGCCUGUCAAACAGGAGGCCAAGUUCAAGCUGGUGGACCUGGUCUGAAACUGACUGGAGUUUCAUUCCUUCCCUUUGGUGUGUUUCUGUGACAGUCAAAGAGGAUCACGUGCACUCUGGAAAACUCUGCCAGCUCGGGCCUCGGUCUUUGAUCUUCUAUGUGCGUUUAGGCAGAGACAUUGAGUUACUAUACUGGAUAAUAAAGUUUUAUAUGUAUGUGUCAA